GAAUAUCAGCCUUGUAACACCAACGCCUGUCCAGAGUUAAAAAAGACAACUCCCUGGACGCCUUGGACCCCAGUCAAUAUUUCAGACAACGGUGGCCACUAUGAACAACGUUUCCGAUACACAUGCAAAGCGCGCUUGCCUGACCCAAAUUUGCUAGAGGUAGGAAGGCAAAGGAUUGAAAUGCGUUACUGUUCCAGCGAUGGCACCAGUGGAUGCUCGACAGAUGGGUUGUCAGGGGAUUUCUUGCGUUCUGGAAGAUACUCUGCUCAUACUAUCAAUGGUGCCUGGUCACCCUGGUCUCCGUGGUCUCAGUGCAGUCGUGACUGCAGUAGAGGUAUACGGAAUCGCAAACGGGUCUGCAGCAAUCCUGAGCCUAAGUAUGGAGGACUUCCUUGCCUCGGCCCAUCUCUAGAGUACCAGGAAUGCAACAUUUUACCUUGUCCAGACAGCUGGUCCGAGUGGUCCGAGUGGUCCAACUGUGACUCGUCUGGCUUCCAGUUCCGUGUUCGUCAGUGCAUCAUUUUGUUUCCCGUGGGCAGCCAGUGCACGGGCAACACCACGGAGAGCCGACCCUGUGCUUUGGACUCCAACUUUAUACCAG